AUGGAUGCCGAUGCCGAUGCGAUCGACAUCGAUGAUCAUGAUGACGAUGCUGGUAUAUCAAGCAUCGCCAAUGAAUGCCACAGUGAGGACGAUGACGCCCUCACUGGCGAAGACAACGCUCUUUCAGCAGUGCACACGAAGCGCACGGCUACUGACAAGGAUUAA